GUCAUGGCAGUCUUCCCUCUUGCCAAGUUAGGAACUUUAGUUAUUAAACAAGUGUCUAAACCACUUGCUAGCAUUGCCAAAAACCGGGCUAAGAAUAGCCAUUUCUUCAGGACCUAUGUGCUGAUGCCUCCAGCCCAGUGUGGAAACUAAUUAGCUGAACUGAGAGAGGUUGUCCAUGGCUCCUGUUUUCCCACUAGCCAAACUUGCUUUUCUAUUUGUGAAACAAGUUGCUCGGCCCCUGUCCAGCUCAAUAAGACGCAAAGCUGUUAGAAGUCACUUCUUUAAAGAAAAACUGUGUCUUCCUCCUGCAAGAUUUUAUCAUUGGUGUGAAGUUCGUAUGAAAAUGUAUGUGAUGAAUCUUGGUCGGACUGGACAGAGUAGCACGAUACCCAGGUUAAGCGAAGAGGCUGCCAUUGAACUUGGGGCAAAUUUACUAGGGGAAGGUGUUAUUUUUGGAAUUGCUGUUGCAAUUCUAGCUUAUGAAGUUUCACGUCAGAAGGAGAAGGAAAAAAAGAAAGAGGAGGCCGAGCAGGCAUUUAUCAACAAUCUUGAAACUCGAAUAAAUGAAUUAACUUUCUCUAGUGAAGAACUUGACACUAAAGUCCGGGAACUCACAAGACUUUCUUAUGCCCUGCAGAGUCAACUGAAGACAAAAGAGGCUAAAACUUCUCCAUCCUCAAAUAGAAAAUCAGCAGAGGUUCUUCGCAGCAAUUCCCAAAUUGGUUCAUCCUCAGGGGCCAUCAUAGCAGCUUUAAUAGAUGCAAGGUCAAGAAUUAUUGAAGAAAUCCCCCGCUCAACUUUUCCUGGUUGACAGGUCAGAAAUUACUGAGGAAAAAAUAAUAACCAAAUCACUAUAUGUACAUAGGAAUAAGUUAAAGGUUUUGGAGUCUGACAUUACAUUUUUUUUUUUUUUUAACGCAAUUUACCACUGUGGCAGAGUUACCCAAUAAUAAUUAACCCAGUUACAGUAUGUAAUACUUUCGAAUAACACGUUCAAACACUGGAGGAAGACCGUAUAGCAUGCCUUAUAAAUUUAGGGGGAAAAAAAAAAAGCUGGGAGUGCAAAGUGACUAGUAAUCGAUAAUUACUUAACAAUUACACAGCCUACCUCUAACAGUCAUUUAUCUACCCUAGCUGUAUUUAUGGUUGUGAUCAUAAAGUGCGAAUAAGUAAUUGAGAAAGUGAAGAGAUGAUUUUGUGGUGCCACUAUGAGUGAUGUUUCUGAUUAGUUAAUAAAUAACAAAAAAAGGCACAAUACCGUGACUGGAACGAUACACAAAUAACCCGCACAUAGAAGAGAGGAGCUUACGACGGCAUUUCGGUCCGACUUGGACCAUUUACAAAGUCACACUAACAAGAAGUGGAGCAGGACGGCUAUAUAUAGGCAGGAAGAGGUAGUGGUGGUGGUAGUAGUAGCAGUAGUAGUAGUAGUAGAAGUAGUGGGGAAUUAAGGAGGAGGAGCCAGAACAAAGGAGGAGACAGAACAAAGCAUUGUUAGUGUCGGCAAGCCGACACUAACAAUGCUUUGUUCUGUCAUGUCAGAGAUCACAGCCAUCCUAUUGACUGGUCUUCCGCUAAAACUGUCUUCCCUACUUCCAACUCUAACAGUCGCCGUCUAGUUGAAUCCUUUCUAAUACACAACUUUCCUUGUAUGAAUCUUAGUCCUGGCUUCGUCUCUGUAGAUGCCUUCCUCUCCCACUACAUUGUAAAAUGCUCCAAACUUCAGAACACUCGUGACUUAACCUGAUUCCUCAUUUUUCUUCUUCUCCCUUUUCCCCUUUCCUCUUUCCUUUUUUGUCUUUCUAUCUUCUGUCGCGUGUUUCUGUUCCUUCAUUAUUUAUUUCAUCACUUCCCCUUCCCCCCACCUCUGUGCACUUGCUCUCCCUCUGUGGGCACCUAGCUUCCUUGCAGUGCUCCCCUUUCUUUGUAUUUGACUGGCUCCUCCUCCUUAAUUCCCCACUACUUCUACUACUACCACUACUUCUACUACUACUGAUACUACUACCACCACCACUACCUCUUCCUGCCUAUAUAUAGCUGUCCUGCUCCACUUCUUGUUAGUGUGACUUUGUAAAUGGUCCAAGUCGGACCGAAACGUCGUCGUAAGCUCCUCUCUUCUAUGUGCGGGUUAUUUGUGUAUGAUUAGUUAAUAUUACCACCAGAAAAUAAAUUCUAAUGAAAUAUUUUACUGAUUAGAUUUCAUGUUGUAUGGACUCUGCCCACCACUUGAAGCAAGGUUUUUGGAGCUCUGGAAUCAUAGCCCUCAACCCUUUCACUAUUGGUCACAUUGGUCCACCGACAUAGAUCUGUGUUGGUCACAUAGAUCUAUGCAUAAUUCAUAGCACUUAAAUUUGCUGAACAGAAAAUUUUUGGCUUAGACACGAGAGAAUUUAUCCAAACAGUGGUUGUGUGCAGUAUACAAAAAAAAAAAAAUCCUGUCUCAUGCAGUGCAUAAUGGGAACAGCUAACCUCUUGUCUUAUGUUUUGGUUAAAAUAACGACUUUGGUGCUUUUUCUAGAGCAGUUUUCAUGGUUUUAUUGGCUGUUUCGUGGUGUCACUAGAUAGACUGGCAAACAACAAUGAAAGGGAAAAGAUUUUGGUCAGUUUCAGAUUGGAAAUAGACCUAAGAAUUUCAGAAAUAGUCGACUUUUAGUGAUUUUCCUGGGAAAGGAUAGGGCUUCCAUCCCCUUUUCCCCUCUGGUCUGUUUUAUGGGUUUUUACUAGGUCUGCUUGAAUUAUUCUUUGUUAUGAUUUAUUAGCUGAGAGAUAGGAAAAAGAAUGCCAGAUUUUUGUGUGAUGAUGGCUUGAAAGCGGAGAGCAAGCGUUAUAUAGGAGAGCCCAUAAAUAACAAAAAAAGGCACAAUAUCGUGCGGGUUAUUUGUGUAUAUAGGAGAGACCUGGGGACAUAACGAACAGAGGGUAGGUCGAUUUAGUGGCUGUAGUAUCUACAGUGUUUGUUUUGGGCUCUUACGGUUAGCUUCUUGUGGCCAGUGGAUAGUACAGAAGAAAUACUAGUGAAAUAGCCAAUAAUUAGGUCAGUUUGAGCACUGGAAUUGGCCUAAACUAGGCCUCAGAGUGGGCAAAAUCACUAUGUUAAGUGCUCCCAACCUCAAAAUUUGCAUGUGUAAAUCUGUAUUACACCAAAUUUUGCAUUUUUUAUGUUAUUGUCUUUAGAAAAAGAUUCUCAACCAUUUUAGAAGAUAAAAUUUUGUUGAAGGGGCUUCAGUUUGAGAUGUGUAGACAAUGAAAAUGGUAAAUAACCAACCACCACCACAUAAUUUUAUUACUACACAAUAAUAAUAAAUUUUUCUUGGUUAUUUCUUUCUCGAAUACAUUCAUCUUUAAUAUUUGUUAGGUAUAGGUGUGCUAAGCUCCUGUAUGUUGGGUACAAUUUGAUUAGGAAAUGUGACUUAUUUUUACUAUUGUUGGCAGGCCAUGGUGGUGGUAUCUAAUAUUCUUUACCACAUGUUUGUACAAGUAUUAUUCACGGCCAGAUCAACCCCAUUCAUGCACAGUUACAUAUCAAAAAGCAGCUGCAACCAUUGGUACAACUUAAGGAAAUGUAGCUUAUUUUUACUGAUGUUGGCAGUAGCUGAUACUGUCUGCCACAUGUUUGUGCAAGUAUUGUAUUGGCCACAUCAACCCUUUCCACAUUUCCAGAUCAACAGGCAACAACAACUACAAAACUUGUUUUUCUUCUUUAGAAGUGUUAGGACCAUAACUCUAUUUUUCCAUAUAUUCUUCAGUUCACUUAAGACAAUUUCAUUCAACAUGUUUUCAGGAAAAUAAUUACUGUGAUAUUUGAGUCUCUGCUGUAUCCAUAUUUGACUUAAAAUACCAAAUACUGGUUGGAUACAUGUCAUAUGUUAUAAUUUGUUUACAUGACCUACCUUAAAAUGGUUUGCAUUUUACUUUUUUCCAACAUUCCUUGCAUUUGGGUAUAAAAUAAGUGUGUUUUUAAUACAGCCUCUCCUCACGUAAUGAUGGAGUUCCAUUCCUAGGACCACGUCAGUAAAUGAAUUUGUCGAUAAGUGAGGAGCACACUAUAAUGGUAGUGGGUUUGUGUUAACCAUCUUUGAUAUUAUUUUAAUGUCACCUUUGCACCAUUUAUAACAUUUCUGGUAUAUAUUUAAAUGUUUAUACAGUAGUGUACUGUAUAUUUGUUAUCAAUAGAAGAGAGAAAAUCAGCUCUAGUAUACAUUAUUUAGGUAUGCAUACUGGUCAAAGAGCCCAUUAUAAGUCCAGGUCGUCGGUAAAUGAGUACUUCGCUAAGUGAGGAGAGGAUGUACUGUGUAGUUAUUUAAUACCUGCUGUAUUAUGUUGGCACAUGAGUUUUUGUGAUAAAUUAAAAAUUUUUAUUCAUCAAGAUCAAUUAAAUUUUGUCUUUAUAUAAUUUAAAAUAUUUCUUGUAUAGUAUGUAUUUGUAAAUUUUCCAUGGCAGUAUACAGUAUAGUAUGUAUUUGAAAAUUUUCUUUGGCAGUGUACAGUACUAUUUUAUAUGCCAUACAGUAAAACGUUUUGCAGCUAUUUCUAUUUUAACAGAAACUGACUUAAUUUAUUUCCCCCAAUUGUGAGAAAUUUUGGUUAAAAGCUAAAAUUACAAUAUGCUAUAGGGAUGUGUGGAAUCGGCCAGGUUCAGGUAGGCGAGUGUUUUGGCCACUUGUUAUUGUGUGGCAGGCAUGCUUGUGUCUGAAUUAAUCUGAGAGGCCAUAACUGCCAACAAGUGAUUACACUACUGUAAUACUGAUAAUUAUUGUGAAAUAUGCUAAGGCCAAGGCUAACAACAGCUUAGUCAAAACAUACUGUUUUAGAAUGUACAGAAAUCUAGUACUAUACAGUACAUGUACACUAUAUUUUUCACUUACUUUUGUGUAUACACACAGUAUAAUGUUUGAAAAGUUUGCUUACAACAUGAGGUUGGGAGGAUGUUUGUCAUCCACCCAUCUGCUGUGAAAUACAGCAGAUGGGUGGAGGCUUUUCUCAUUCACUUUCACUGUCUGGUAUCCUCAUUAGAAGCUAUUACUAAAUUUGAAAUACAGUAGACCAUCAUUUAGCAUGAGUUUAUUUGGCACGAUUUGAGUAUGGCACUAUUGAAGAAUUGCAACACAUUUUUAUGUAACACGUCGUAUGAUCAAUUUAACACGAUUCGCGGGAGGGGAAAAAAUUUUGAGUGCGCAGUCGCCUGCGGUGGGUUAUACCAUUGAGGCAAUGGGGAAGCCUACUGCCAUUUCCCCUGCCACCCACACCCACCCCCACCACGCUCCCAGCCUCCAGUUUGGUUCAUACGCGUGCAGGACGAAGGUACUUGGGAACCUAGCUGUGUUUAUUUACAUACAUAUUCUCUUAAUUUCAUUGCCAUUUGUUAAAUCUGCCAAGCAAUAAUGGCACUCCAGUAAGCAUACAAGUGUUGCUGAAAGUGACAAGAAAAGGUUUAAGCAUUCAAACCUAGGAAUUGCGAAGAAAAUUGAGAUAUUAGACAAGCUUAAGAGUGGAUCAUGUGUGGUGGAUAUAGUGAGGGCCUAUGGCCUUAAUGAAGCGUUGGUUCGUACAAUGAAAAGGAACGAGGCGAGUAUACGAGCUUGUGUAAUGAAUAACCCAAGAUGUCAUCUCAUGAAAAGAAUGACACGUAGGUCCCAACAAGCAAACAAAACAGAAAACUUGUUGCUUGAGUGGAUUGAACAAAAGACAAAGAAAGGUGCACCACUUAAUUUCCUCUUAAUUAGGGAAAAGGCCUUACAGUUGUUUAAAGCAGUGUGUGAUAAGGAAGGAAAGCCUGAAAAAGAAUUUGCACAGGCUGAUUCCACACCUUUAAGUUGGAAAAUAAGUUGCAUAAUAUUAAGUUUUCUGGUGAAAGUGCUUCACCUGAUCAAGCUGAAGGAGAUACCAGGUGAGGGUUUUGAAGAUAUGAAUGAAGACGAUGUGAAUGAGCUCUUAGAAGAUGAUGAUGAUGAAGACAGGAGUCCAGAGAAAAUGUUAGCAGAGCUCGAUGCACAGAUACAAGAGAGGGACAUAACAACAGAAGAAGAAGAAGAAGAAGAAGAAGAAGAACCUGAAGAAAAAGAGUUAACAUUGCAUCUGUUACGUGAGCAGUUCCAUAUUAUUGGAAAAGUUGCAGACUUGUUCACUGAAGAGGACUCUGAUAAAUCUAGAAGCAGUGCUUUGAAAUGAGGUCUAGACCAGCUGAUGAUGCCUUACCAUCAGCUGUAUAAUGUAUUGCAGGGUAAAACAGCCCAGAGAACCAUUACAGAAUUUAUGCACACUCCAAUACAGCCAUCGACUUCAGUACCAGAACCACUACCAUCCACUUCUGUCGACAACCAAGAACCAUCCACCUCAGCCCAGUAGGGCCACACUAUCCAUAUCCACUCUCUCCACAAUCAUCCACACACACCAUUACCCACAAUUUAAGGUAAGAAAUACUAUUAUUUCUAUUGCAUUUGUAGUCUUAAGCAGUAAUAUAUCACAACAAUGAACUACAAUUACAUGUUCACUUUUAUUUUUGUAAGAGCUGUUGGUCUAAAAAAAGUUGUUUGGCUUUUUGGGGGAUCCCAGGAAUGUAACCCUAUUUUUCCCACAAGUUCUUCAGUUCAUUUAGCACGAUUUUACCUAACGCGGCAUUUUCAGGAAUGUAACUACCGUGCUAAAUAACGGUCUACUGUAGUCUUUACAUCUAUCUAUGAUGGUGAUUGUUAAUGUUUGUAGUAUUGUACUACACUUAUCCUUCAAAGAAACAUCUUUUCCUCACUUUAAUUAAAUACUGGCCUUCUUGAUAUAUUUUGUAUCUAAAUCAUAAACUAAAUUGGUUUCACUUAAGCAGUAUAUUAAAUUUCUUUUAAUUUUUCAUCAAAAAUUUAAUGAAAAUCAUUUGAUUUAUUUACAGUCUGCAGUUGCAUUAUAAUAUUUCAAAUGACACAAACUGAUAGUGUACAGUGCAAUAUAUGCAUCUUAACAUGAGCAGUGUCUGGGCAUGCUUGCCUGGUACAGCAGAGCAUACAGGUUUUAGACUACUGUAUUUGAAAAUAAUAGGAUUACUAUAGUAUAAAUUUUAGGAUCAUGCCUUUAUUGUUGUAAAUAAGUUAGCUGAGACUGGCAUUAGAAUCCAGGUAUUAGUACUUAAUGGUAAUCCCCACCCUCUUUUUCCCUGGGCAUUGUUUUCUGUAAUAUAAUGCAAAAUGUUAAACAUAACAAUAAAAACAAUAAUGAAAAAAAUA